CCGGUGUCAUAAUGUAAGCGCCGCGGUACAUAGUGUACCUCAGACGUGAAGGAUUGUGACCGGCCGGCAGUUGCAUUUUGACACCCUUAUGGUCGACAUUGGUUUAGGUGCUCCGUAAGCUUGGGUAAUGUACAGUCGAAUUUCGUAUCUUUGUUUUCUUCAAUAUUUGAGUAACUUAGUCGCCAUUCGAGAAAUAAUCCGUAUUCGUGACAUCCAAGAUGGGGUCCAUGGAGAAAAUUGAGACAAGACUGUUCAUCAACGGCAAGUUUGUAGAAUCUUCAGAUGGAAAGACAUUUCCCAUAAGGUCUCCCACGACAAGGGAAGUCAUCGCUGAAGUGUCUGAAGCCAGCGAAAAGGACACCGAUGCUGCUGUUGCUGCUGCAAAAGCGGCCUUUCCAGCAUGGUCGGCACUGUCGCCUGAUGAAAGGGGCGCAUAUAUGAAGAAGUUGGCGGCUCUGUUGAACCAAAAUUACAAAGAGCUAUCCCAGCUUGAAGCUGUGUCCAUGGGGCGACCAGUGUCGACGUAUUUUGAUAACUAUGCCGCCGCAAGUACAUUCGAGCACUAUGCCGAAGCUGGAUAUGAGGCGCAAGGCAUCAGCAGUCUAAACACGCCAGGCUUUGUCAAUAUGACCUUCAAGCAGCCAUAUGGCGUGGUCGCUGCUAUUAUUCCAUGGAAUCUUCCUUUGGUGUUUUUCGGAAAUAAAGUGGCUCCAGCCAUUGCAGCUGGCAAUACUGUGGUGCUGAAAAGCAGUGAGAAGGCGCCGCUAACGUCAGCCAAAGUCGCCGCAUUGAUCGAGCAAGCAGGCUUUCCACCCGGCGUCAUCAACGUUCUAUCAGGCCACGGUCAAACAUCAGGAGCCAUUCUCUCUUCCCAUAUGGACGUCCGAGCACUUAGCUUUACCGGAUCAUGUCGAACAGGUCGCAUCAUUCAAGCUGCUGCCGCAAAAUCGAAUCUGAAAAACGUGAUACUCGAACUCGGCGGAAAGUCGCCAGCGAUCAUUUUUGAGGACUCUAACCUGGAGAAUGCGGUUGUGGAGACCCAAUCCAGCAUUCAAUUCAACAGUGGUCAGGUUUGUAUGGCCAACAGCCGUAUCUAUGUUCAAGACACCAUUGCCGACAAGUUUGUCGAAUUGUUCAAAUCCAAAUUUGCUGCAAUCUCUGCUGGAGAUCCUCUAGAUCCGGCAACCAACCAUGGUCCUCAGGCAGAUUCGGCUCAGUGGGACAUUGUCCAAAAGUACCUGGCCGAGGGAAAGAAAGCUGGCGAUGUGGCUCUGGGUGGAAAGACAGAGGUCAGUGGUCUUUCGGAGGCGGCAUCCAAGGGUUACUUCGUUGAGCCUACGAUAUUCCUGAGUACGCCUGAAGAUGCGGUUGUCAUGAAAGAGGAGAUAUUCGGCCCUGUUGUGAAUAUCAACACCUUCAAGACGGAAGAAGAGGUGAUUGCCAAGGCAAACGACAGUGAGUUCGGAUUGUACGCGGCAGUUUAUACAAAAGACAUCAAUCGUGCCAUGCGGUUCGCCAAGGUGUUGGAAGCAGGGACGGUGGGUGUUAAUUGCACAAGCCCGACCGUGGCCAAAGAUAUGCCUUUUGGUGGUUUCAAGAGUAGCGGUACCGGAAGAGAAGGUCUUGGUCACAGCCUAAACAACUUCCUGGAGACCAAGACUGUACUGAUGAAGAUUAACUCAUGAAAAGCUAGUCUUCAAUUCAUUCCUGAUAUAGAUCAGUUUCUUCUUGUACAUCGUUGUCGUUGUCUUGGCCCGUCGAAUGUGGUUGUCUGUUUAGUAUCUCUCUUAGUUGGGCUUCUGCUGUUACCACCCGUUGGUUGCGUCCAUUCACCCACGAUAGA